AUGGACAGUAACGGCCCGUCGGCGACCGACGUGAUCACGUACAUCGGCGUUCCGCUGGCCGUGCUCGGGGUCCUGCCCAUCUUAUACAAUACGGUCGCGACGCUCGGCGCGCUGUCGCGGAUCAAGCGGAUCCUGAGGCACAGCCGGCUAACGGCGCUGACCCGGAGCGACGUUGUCAACCGCGUCAUCGAGGUGGAGCUGCCGCGGUACGCCGUCACCCCCUGGGACCGCUUCACCAACCGCGACGACUAUUGGAGUCUCUCGCGCCACCCGUCCUCCAUCCCAGGCGGCAGCUGGACCACCUUCAACUGGCGCACCAACGUCAUUGGGCUCCAGACCCAGCGCGUCGAGUAUGCCGACCAGCUGCGUCAACCCCAGGUCGAGGUCGCCUUUGAGGAGCUCGUGAGCUACCUGCUCGACCUCGGCGCUGUGCCUGACGCCCAUGGUUGGCGCCUGUUGCGCAACACCGGCCUCUGGACACCCGUCGGCUGCGCCCUGCUCAUGUCCCCAGACGGCACCGAGAAGUCGCUGACUAUUGCUCCCCUCGACGGCUCCGAUGGCCACCUCAGCCUGGCAGCCAACUGGUCUAGUCGAUGGACAACGCGUGACUUCAAGGAUCUCCCCCCUUACUGGGUGCGGCUCCCCCCGCCGCCGCCGCAGCACCUGCCGCCACCGGCAUCGUCGGACGAGGCAGGGAGCAACAUCGAAAAACAAGCCUCGCCAUCUGCUGCUGCAGCAGACGAAAUAGAAGUCGUCGCAGAAGACCUCGAUGCAGAGACAUCAAGCAUGGCCAAGCGCUCUCUGGAAUCCGACCACAACCAACAGCACCGCGACGAGCCGGCGGCCAGCGCAUCCUCGUCAUCUCAGAGGCAGCCCAUAACGUGCCAGAUCUCUGGCGACGGCAUCGUGACGGCGCUAGCGCAGGAGGACCGGCUGCUGAGCUCGCUGCAGCUGGACAGCCUACCAAUCGACCACAUACGGGCGCGCAGCGGGCGGACGGACGGGACGUGGUUCGCGUCGGUGGCAACGGCGUACGGGACGUCGAGCCAGACCAUCCUGUGGAACUACCGGAUCCCCGACGACGUCAUAGCGUUCGCGCGCAAGGACUCGGUCCCGUGCGGCGUGCUCGUGCUGCUCGGCGUCGUCGACGAGGCGCAGACGCCCGAGUGGGCCACGCAGCAUGCCGACGACCGUGCUGCUGCCCUCGAUGUUUUUGCGAGGCGCGGCCGCGAGCAGCGCGCCGCCAUGGACGCCGAGUCGCGCAUGCCGCCGGCCCAGAAGGCGCAGGCCAUGCGCGACAGGAUGAUGCGCGAGAACGAGCAGCGGCUCCAGGAGAUGCGCGACAAGAUGCGCCUCGAGAACCAACGACGCGAGACGCGGCUCAUGGAAGCUCUGCAGAGCCCCAAGUGGGACAACAAGGUGGUGGCGGCCCACCAGCUAGCGUGGCUCAAGCGGCACCAGCCGUCGGCGUUCCCGGCGGCGACGACGCACAAGGACGCCGUGGGCUCGGUGCUGCACCGCAUGGUGCUGGACGCGGCGUUCGCGGUGGCGCUGUGCCGCAUGCUGGACCUGUGGAAGUCGUGGGCCGACAACGGCGGCAUGCGCAAGUCGGACAUGGCGGCGCUGCAGGAGGACCUGCAAGGCGGCGAUGGUGGUCAGGCUGCCGUCUUUGCGCAGGCUACGGUCCUCGUGGCCAUGAUCAAAGACUCGUCCAUAGCCCUCGAGGGCACGCUCUCGGUUGAUCUCCAGGAGUGUCUGCGCCUGUGGCGGACCGUUAGGCUCGGGUGA